CUAGCCCCGCCCCGUCCCGCCAGGCCCCGCAGCGCGGCCAUGGCUCCUGCCGCUGACCGCGCGGGCUACUGGGGUCCGCCGACCUCCACCCUGGAGUGGUGCGAGGAGAACUACGCCGUGUCGCACUACAUCGCCGAGUUCUGGAACACAGUGAGUAACCUGAUUUUCAUUCUACCUCCAAUCUAUGGUGCGAUUCAGUCCUAUAAAGAUGGCCUUGAAAAACGGUAUUUAGCUGCAUAUUUGAGUCUCACAGCUGUGGGAUUGGGAUCUUGGUGCUUCCACAUGACCUUGAAGUAUGAAAUGCAGCUGUUGGAUGAGCUGCCAAUGAUAUACACUUGUUGUGUAUUUGUCUACUGCCUGUAUGAAUGUUUCAAGUACAAGAAUACAGUCAAUUACCCGCUGCUUUGUAUAUUGAUAGGAUACAGUUUUGUAGUCAGCAUUAUUUACCUAAAAUUGAAAGAACCUAUAUUUCAUCAGAUCAUGUAUGGAACGCUGGUCUCUGUGGUAGUCAUGCGGUCUGUAUAUAUAGUGUUAUGGGUAUACCCAUGGCUUAGGGGUCUGGGCUAUACAUCCUUAACUGUAUUUUUAAUGGGAUUUUUCCUUUGGAAUGUAGACAACAUUUUCUGUGAUAAAUUGAGGGCAGUACGAGACAAGAUGCCUCCUGUUGUGGGAGCUGUGACACAAUUCCACGCGUGGUGGCACAUCCUAACAGGCCUUGGCUCUUACCUUCAUAUCCUGUUAAGCUUAUACACAAGGACACUCUUCCUGAAGUACAGACCAAAAGUAAAGUUUAUUUUUGGAAUAUGGCCUGUCCUUCUCGUGGAGCCUCCCAAGAAGCACUGACGGGGAGCACUAGCCAAUGAUGUGUGACCACCUAGCCUGGCUGAAUAAAGAAAUUCUCCAAACCUUGAGGCUGACUGAAGUGUCAAAUUAUACAUCAGCUCCGAAGUUUCAUAGCAGUGAAAGGACUUCUCUGUAUUACUGGUACCACCAGGCACAGCAAAGAGGGAAGAGUUGGCACAUUAUGGGGAUAAUGUUUAAAGUACAAUUUUAUUCUGAGGUGUUAAAAAGUAAAAACAAAAUAUUUUUGUGUAUAUAUUGUAAAGCUGAAAAUAUCGGGCUACUAUUUCGUGCUGGUCACUGAAAACUAACUUUUUUUGAAGUGGGCUGCAUAUAUAUAUAUUUUUUUUUUCAUUCUGCUGUCUGUCUUCUCUAUGGUUUAAACUAAUAUUAGUAACUGAAUUAUGAAGGCCCCGUGCUGGCCAAGCUUAAGUAUCUAGAUGGCCAUUAGUGGCCUAGAUGCCUGCUCUAAACUACUUUAAGCUUGUACUUUUACAUAGUUUAGUGAAGCAUGUGAUUAUUGAGGGCUCCUUCUAUCCUGCUUGUGUCCAGCUGCUUCUGCUGUCUGUAUUCAGUAAGGGCGAUGGGGUGCGUGGUGCAAUUUUGCCAAAAUGCAACAGGUUUCCAUUUUCCUUUCAUCCAGGGAUGGGUGGGCAUGCCAUGAGGAGUCUUCCAACUCCACCUGUGGAGAAAGCAUAUCAGUGAUAUCCCUCAGGGAUCAUUUCAAAAGUUGUUGCAUUUAAAUAUUCGUGCUAAUGUCUUCUCACAAAGGUGAGGAAACUGGAAAUCUGUCCCGAGUCCUUCUGACUGACUAGCAACACAUCAUGAGAAUCCAGAAGGUCAUGUUUGAUUGCUCUGCCUAACCCAGGCAAACCUUAUUAAUUCUCAUGCUUCUUAUUUUCCAUCUCUCAUUUCCCAAAUAGCAUUCCAUACCCACAAAUGGUCUAGCCUUUACAUGGACAAACAAUUUAUAUUCUUGGCUCCUUCAAUAUUUUACAUCUCUUAAAAAAUUAUCACCCAGGCAUCCUAAGCACCUGUCAGCCCACUGUCUUCUUUUGAAGCAAGGGGGGCUCCUCGGUUCUGAAAAAAUCAGGCCUCUGUUUGGUCAUCUCAGCGUAAAUGGUAAUGCUUCAGAUCACUUGUUUGUGAUCUUUCUUUGAUGCAGCCACCAGCUGGGAAGUGUGGGCCAGCUCCUUAUGGUUCUCUUCCAUCACAGUAACCCCCCUGCUAUGUGCCUGUCAGGGUAAGAGAUUCCCCCAUAUUUCUGCAGCUUGUCCCUCCCAUUUGAUAGAAACCUAAACCAAAUUAAUAACUGUAAAGGGAAAUGAUCUAGCUGAAUCAAUAGGAUUUAUCAAAAUGUGCCACAAAUUUGUGGCCGUGAUUUUUGGCCCUCUCAACAGCAGAGAGAUUCAGUAUGUGCCUAGAGCCUCUCAGCCACUCGCUCUGUGACUUGUCCUCCAAUAUUAUUCCAAGACUUGUAUGUCCUCCUGUAGUCUCUUAUGUGAUAUGGAAGUAGCUCACAACCUUUGGCCCGUGGGCAACAAUACUAAGCAAGUAACAGGCUGCAGACCUCAUAUUUUGCUCUCCCCAUCCACCAGGGCUAUAGUGGUGACGGCCUCAGUUUUAACAUCCCGUGUCUAUGAGCAACAUCAAAGGGCAGCAACAGGCUGGGACCACUGUCCUGUAGGUUAAUGUAACACAGGAAUUACCUGUGCUAUUUUGGAAAUGCCAUUACCUUUGUGCAUUAAUUCAACACAGACCUACAGAUAUUUUUAGAGCAGCAGGCCAUGGGCAUGGGCAUGCCCAGUGCAGCUGCUUGGAAGAUCUGCACAGUUCUGGCAUGUCCAUUUUUUCUGUUUUGAUUUCUUAAAAAAUGGAUGUAGGGCCUGUAAGAGAAAGUCUGUAGUAACUAAAAUUGGCUCUUCAUUCUUACAUGUUUAUCUCUGUUUACAAUUACCUAUGCACCCUCAGGGCCUUCUGUAGUACAACUAAUACAUGAAUCUUUAAUUGAGGUUUGGACGGGCAUUUUAUGAGCUGGUUCUUGACGUUAAACCAAACAAAGGCCAUGAUUCAGGCGUGGUGCUUAAAUCCCGUUAAAGUCAGUGGGUGCGUCUGCACAUGCUAUUAAGGUGAAA